AGUGUUGCACGUCGGCAAACCAAUGAGACGAAUGAGACGCUGCCGCACCGAGAACACUCACACAUGUCUACAGCAGCGGAGCGGUAAAAUGUAGAUUUCUUGUAAUUGUUUUGAGUCGAGUUGCUGUGAAAAUGAGCUCGGCGUCAGACAGAGCAGAGGAGAAACCUGCGGCUCCCGGCUGGAUGGUGCAGCACCCGAUGUAUCAGCACAUGAGGAGUCUGGAGGUUGGGGAUGAAGCUCAGGUGCACGCGGCUUUCCUGGUGUACAUGGACCUGGCAGAGGUGCGUCAGUGGAAGGACGUGUCAGGCGUCAAGUGUCCCGAGCUGCAGGUGGUGCUGCUGGAGGGGAGGGAGAAGGACGGCGCCCCCAUCCAGACGGUUCUCCCCCUGCCUGUCCACCGAUCUCUGAGCCACAAAAGUAUACGACUGGCGCUGGACAGGGGCGCUCCUGUGUUGCUGUGUGCGGUGGCCUCUGACUCCACCCUGGUCUACCAGAGGAUGACCGAUGGGCUGGUGACCCCUGACCCUCCUGUGGGUCCCAUCCAGGAUCUGGGACGUCGGCAGCACCGCAAGAGACGCCAGCAGCACUGAGGAGCUGACCACAGCGAUGUUGGUGAACCACAAGGGAGCCAGACGGAACAAACUGCCUGCCGAUCUGUCUCUUUCUGGAAAGGAGACAACGGCUGAGAAAAUGGCAGCUAGUGACAGUGGGUCUAUCCAGGUUUGGCAUCUGGCUGUGAGGCGCAUAGUUUCCAUUCCCUUUCAGGAUGAUGGAGGGAAACAAGGUUGAAUAAGAACUGGGGAUGCACUGAUAAGACUGUUAGAGGCUGAUACAGGUAUCCAACACCAUCCCACUCAUAAUGGCCAAUGCCAGUGUGCCAAAGAACAUGUUAGUUUUACUGAUGGUUGUUUUACAGGUGUAUGAAGUGACGCAUGUGCCAAUUUCACAAUCAGUUAAAUGUCAGUGGCAAAAGUAACACUGGACUGAUGCUGAUGCUGUUUCUUAAAGGUGAUGUCAACCAGUACAACAGGGUGUUGAUAUAUCUGUCCUCCACCUGCCACCAAAGUGCAGACAAUAACGUUUUUCAGAGCAAAUCGGACUGCGAAGGAAACUGGAUGGUGUGAAAACAGAAAAACAUUCAUCAACGGUGUUGCUCCCAAUAACAUGCAGCUUAUUAAGAUACACAGGACAUCGCAGCAGCACAGAUUUUCAUUUGGUUCGUGGUAAACUGUGCAAGCAAAUCAUAAUGUAUUUUUUGGGAAACAACAGUGUUGCUGGAUAUUUUUUUAUGUUUUCUUUUUUGGUGUUUCAUCUAAUUAAACUGCAUGGACACACUUGACAUUUUUGGCUGAGAAACCAUAGCCAUCCACAAAUCAUCAUUAGAAGAGUUUGCCAGAUAAAUGGAAAAAAUGAUAUUUAUGCUGUAUCUUGGUAACUUGUAACACUUUUUAAAGUGAUCUGGCCAACUUGUUAAUCCUCCCCCGUCCUGCAGUGACUCAGUAUAUUGUGGAGAGGUAGCCUUGAUUGACAUGUUUGGAUUUGGACUAUAUACAUUAUACAUUUGGAUUGUAGCAUGUAGCAUGUGCUGAUGGCCUUCCUCAUGCAGUUGUGUGGUAUUCAUUUUGGAGAAUGACACCGAAUUAUGUCAGUGAUGAAAUGAAUCACCCAGCAGAUGUUGUGUUGGCUGUAUUCCUGAAUGUGGUGCCAGUUUCCAUUAAAAUGUUACAAUGUCAGCUGUCCUGUAAA